GCGGGACCCCUCUGCGCCGCCAUAUCGAUUGGCGUCCAACGUCCGCGACACAUUUUCCUCAAUGAUCUAGCAAAGUGAUUGCAGAAACGAAGAGCCAACAUGGCCAACAGAUCGUGGGGCAAUUGGAAGGCAGCAGCUCUGGCCAGCUUGCUGACCUGCUCCAAUGCCCUUCCCUCCGUCAACGUCGCCGUACGGACAGCCUUUGGUGCUCCACCGUUUCUGGUAGAACUGCUCGAGACAGCAGCCGAAGAGAACAACACAGCCUAUUUCCCUCUCCUCGAUCGCAUCGCAGACGGCUACUUCGAUUCCUCGACGACCGACGAACAGCUAUACAAAGCCUUCCGAUCACUCCUCGAAUCAGACGGACAUCUAGGGAGAGAGGACCUCUCAUCCUUCGACUAUGCUCUCGCCAUCCACUCCGCUGCCCCACGCAUCGAAGCCCACUAUCAAUACUACAACACUUCCGUUGUUCCCACAAUAUCGAAAGAGAGAGAUGGCUAUGCAGGAUGCGAUACGUGGGUUUAUGUCCCUUUCAGCGGGCAGAAAUACUGCUCUCCAGACUUGGACGAGAAAAGCGCGGAGAGUUUGGGACAACCAGGAGAUACAGUGAAGUCAUUACCUUUCGAUCGUGUGCUGGGAGACGCGAAUAGCGAGAAGCCGAGCGUACUGUACGCAGAUCUGUCGAGUGAGAGUUUCAGGGAAUUCCACAAGACGUUGAGUAAGACGGCGAAGGACGGCAAGACGAGUUAUCGAGUGCGUUACAGAGCUUUUGAGGGAGUGGAGAGUAAGCCCUUGACUGUGAGCGGGUAUGGUGUGGAACUUGCAUUGAAGAGGACGGAUUACAUCGUCAUUGAUGAUCGACAAGACGGCGAAGAUGCGGAGAAAGACGAGGGAAAGAGCGCCGCAGAGACGAAGCUGAGCGAGGAAGAGCUCUCGGAUCUUCGACCUCUGUCACAAUCGGAGUUGAGGAGAUUGGGAGUGAGAGCUGCCAGUUUUGUCAUGGGAAGCGAGGAUCCUUUUGCGACGCUGUUGAAGUUGAGCCAGGAUUUCCCGAAGCAUUCGACGAGUAUUGCGGCGACGAACGUUUCUCAGGACUUUAUCGAGGAGCAUGCGAAGAAUCGAGAAGUGCUGCUUCCGCCUGGGUAUAAUGUUAUGUGGAUCAAUGGCGUGCAGAUUAUGCCGAGAGAUGUUGAGGCUUAUGCGCUUCUGGAGCAUCUCAGACGGGAGCGGAGGAUGAUCAAGAGUGUGCAGCAGAUUGGGCUGAGUGGAUCUGAGGCUAUCGAGCUGCUCUCUCACGAGGCUAUCACUGCAGCGCAGGACGAGCAAGAGGCCCCUCGGUACGACUGGCGAGAUGACGCUGAGGGAGGCGAUAUUAUCAUCUGGUUGAACGAUCUUGAGAAGGAUAAGCGGUACGCUGAUUGGCCAGCCACUGCGAAUGCACUUCUCCAGCGUACCUUUCCUGGCCAGCUCCCGCCGGUCCGCAAAGAGGUGCACAAUUUGGUCUUGCCGGUUGACUUUGCGGAUUUCAACGAUGUUUUGCUCGUUUCUGAGCAGCUACGGAGUUUUGUUACACGUCAAGUUCCUAUUCGGAUGGGUCUGGCACCACGGAUUCGAAGCGAGACUAGCACGGAGCAGGCGACAAUCAUCUACUACCUCGUUCACAACUAUGGGCUUGGUACUGCACUUAAGUACCUGGAACAAUCGCUGGAGGCGGCUGGUCGCAGGUAUAGCAAGCCCAACGAGAAGGUGUUCCAAGCUGUGAAGACUGCCGGCAAGCUUCGUCCCAACAAGGAGGACCUUUCUCUAUCGGAUGUGCUGAAGGACAAGACCUUGUCUGAAAGAAUCACAAGGAGCAAGGACUAUAUCAGCAGAAUCGGCAGCACAGAUUCUACACCUCCUGUGCUGAUCAAUGGUGCGCCAAUUGCCAGGACCGAGGAUUGGCUGCAGGUAAUGAGCCAGCAAGUCAGCAUUGAUCUUCGCACCGUGCAGCAGGCUGUCUAUACUGGUCAGCUUGGCGACGAGGAUUAUCUGCCCACCCUUUUUCUCAGUAAAGCGAGCUUCAGGCGCAAUCCCCUGGUUGUGCCGGAAGAUGACAGCAGUCUGCGAUUUCUCAACCUUGGUGAUCAUCAUGAGUUUGAAGAUCUGCCUAGUAUUCCUGCUGAUCCGCAGACUAUUGAACGAGAGCUUGUUCAUCUGACUGUGGUGGCUGAUCUGGACAGCGAACAAGGAUUUGAGCAGCUUAUGGAGGCUCUGCUGUAUAAGAAGGAUCAUGACAACGUUGAAGUAGCUGUACUACACGUCCCUCGCGACGGAGACUCCAAGUCCAGAAUCGCUUCGGACUUGCAGAAAGACGGCGCGGCUACUGUGUUGGAGAGCCUUAUUACUGAGUGGGACAAUUUCUGGACCUCAAGCACUGGCGGAGAUGCUCCUGAUAUGAAUCUGGAAUCCAGACGGAAGAUCUAUGAGAUCCUGAGACUUGCUGCGGCACAGGACAGCACUCCGGAAAUCGACGAGGAAGUUCGCAGCUACUGGGCUAAGUUCAAUCAUCUCAUCACCGCUGUGGGGGUUACACCUGGCAAGAAGGCACUGAUCGCGAACGGAAGAGUGGUAGGCCCAGUGUCCGAUGAUGUUCCGAUCGAGUCGUCAGAUAUUGAGACUCUGCUCACAUAUGAGCGUACGAGACGAUUGCUGCCAGCGGCACUUGCGAUCGAGGCUCUUGGUCUUCAGCAGAAGUCUUCUACCCCUGUGGCAUUCGCACGAAUCUCCAAUCUGAUUGCUCUGUCACUCAUUUCGGAUGUGCCAGAGGGCAUCUUCGAAGCAGCGCCGACGGUCCGCACUGAUGUGUUCAAGAAGUUUGAGUCCAACCACACAGCGAUCAAUAUCGGAGAUCUGGACACAGCGACGAUCCAAAUCUAUGCUGCGGUAGACCCAGCUUCUGAGGCAGCUCAGAAGUGGAUACCCAUCAUCAAGGUCUUGUCGGAGUUCGAUGGCGUCCAUGUGCGUCUCUUCCUGAACCCGCGAGACCGCCUUGAAGAGAUCCCGAUCAAGCGCUUCUAUCGACAUGUAUUGAGCUCGAAGCCACACUUUGAAGCUGAUGGCUCUCUUGCUCCGACUGGUGCACAGUUCCGCGGACUUCCUGCAGAUGCUCUACUGAACAUGGGAAUGGAUUUGCCCCCAGCUUGGCUUGUGGCACCAGAGGUCACUGUGCACGAUCUGGACAACAUCAAACUGAGUGCUGUGAAGAACGACAUCGAUGCUACUUAUCAAUUGGAGCAUAUUCUGAUCGAAGGUCACUCUCGUGAUGUUACGGUUGGACCACCUCCACGGGGAGCGCAACUUGUGCUGGGCACUGAUGCCGAUCCGCACUUUGCUGACACUAUUAUCAUGGCCAAUCUUGGAUACUUCCAGUUCAAGGCGAAUCCAGGCAUUUACAGUCUUGCUAUGCAGAAAGGACGGAGUGAGGAGAUCUUCCAUAUUGACAGUGCUGGUGCCUCUGGUUAUGAUCAGCAAGGAACCGACAACUCGACAGAGAUCGCGCUGAUGAGCUUCAAAGGAGCGACACUGUUUCCUCGGAUCUCUCGCAACCCGGGUAUGGAGGACGAAGAUGUGCUGGAGCCUUCCAAGUCUGCCCUCGAAUCGCUCGCAGAUGGUGCAGGUGAUCUCCUGGCUCAGGUAGGACUGGGCGAUGGUGCACAGAAGUUCCUCGGAAAAGCAGCCAAGCUCGGUAGCGGCCUAUUGUCCAAGUCUGGAUCCGCCACUGCUACCCCAGAACGCAAGCAUGCAGAUAUCAACAUCUUCUCCGUUGCCUCGGGUCAUUUGUAUGAGCGCAUGUUGAACAUCAUGAUGGUUUCAGUCAUGAAACACACCAAGCACAGCGUCAAGUUCUGGUUCAUCGAACAGUUCUUGUCCCCUUCAUUCAAGGACUUCCUCCCGGUCAUGGCGGAGACAUACGGUUUUGAGUACGAAAUGGUUACUUACAAGUGGCCACACUGGCUCCGAGGGCAGAAGGAGAAGCAACGUGAGAUCUGGGGCUACAAGAUCCUCUUCCUCGAUGUGCUGUUCCCACUCGACUUGGACAAAGUCAUCUUUGUCGACGCCGAUCAAAUCGUUCGCACCGACAUGUACGAACUCGUACAACACGACCUGCAAGGCGCGCCGUACGGUUUCACACCCAUGUGUGACAGCCGAACCGAAAUGGAAGGGUUCCGCUUCUGGAAACAAGGCUACUGGAAGAACUUCCUCAAAGGCCUCCCAUACCAUAUUUCCGCCUUAUACGUCGUCGAUUUGAAACGUUUCCGACAAAUGGCGGCUGGUGAUCGUCUACGACAGAAUUACCAUCAAUUAUCGGCGGAUCCGAAUUCGUUGAGUAAUUUGGAUCAGGAUCUGCCGAAUCAUAUGCAGAGCCUGUUGCCGAUUCAUAGUUUACCGCAGGAGUGGUUGUGGUGUGAAACGUGGUGUUCGGAUGAGAGUUUGAAGGAGGCGAAGACGAUUGAUUUGUGUAAUAAUCCGCAGACGAAGGAACCGAAGUUGGAGAGGGCGCGGAGGCAGGUUCCGGAGUGGAAUGUUUAUGAUGAGGAGAUUGGGGGGUUGGCGAAGAGGUGGAAGGAGGAGAAGAGGAAGGGGUUUGUGGACGCUGUUGUGGGAUUGGAGGAGGAGAGUAUGCAGGAGAGGUUGCAGAGGGAGGAUGCGGAGAGGGAGGAGAGGAAGAAGAAGGCUGAGGGGAAGAGGGAUGAGUUGUGAGUUGAAGAUGCUUAUGUCUGACAACAUCUACUGUAGAAGGUAGAGAUAGAAGGGAAUGUAUGAUCAGCUGC